GUCGGGAAUAACUUAGAUUAGGUAGGAUUUCUACGACACCAUCUACGCAAGUUCUGCUGCUCCGCGACGGUCUGAUAAGGACCCCAGUUACACAAGGUUCAUAGGACUCGACCUAAGUGUCUUUUCCACGAUUCAUCAUGAACUCCAUCGCCAGCGUCGCUCCGCUCUUCAGCCGUAUUUCAGUAUGGUGAAUGUGAGAAAACUGCAACCAGUUAUACAGGAGAGGCUUGGCGUCAUGAUGAAGCGAAUGAACGAGCUCAGGGAUACGGGCGAGAUACUGAACGCAAGUUGCAUGUUCUCGGCCUUGGGAAAUGAUGUCGUAAAUAUUUAUUCGUUCGCGCGCUGCGACCAUAGGCUUGAAUCCCCUGGCUUCGACCCCUCGUCACGAGAAGCUUCUCUUUCAGGUAUCAGCUCCAUCCAUUUCAUGAAGCAUAUUUCAUGGAUCAAUGACGUGAUGAAAACACUGCCCGAGGCCACUGUGGAGAGGUUAUUGCCAAUGCUAGCGUCGUUCCUCAAACAAAAACAGACAUCUAGAAAGCAGAUUGAGAAGAUCAUAGCUGGUGAAAAUGAUGAAUGGAGAGGAAAAGACCAUCCGACCAUAUUCCAUGCCAUACUAGACUCAAAACUUCCACCUCAUGAAAAGACGGUGGAUCGGUUGUCCGACGAUGCUCAAGUCAUAGUUAUGGCUGGUACACUUACUACAGCAUCAGCCUUGGAGCUGAUAACGUUCUGGCUCCUAAGCCAACCGAAGACUCUGCAGAAGCUGAAGGAAGAAUUGCGUACUGCAAUGCCCACGGCCGAUGACGUAGGCAAAGUACCACUCGCUACGCUGGAGAGCCUGCCUUAUCUGACAGCAGUCAUCAAAGAAGGCUUGCGGUUAAGCUACGGUCUAUCAGCACGCUCACAACGUAUUGAUCCCGACAACUCCAUAGUAUUUACGGACAAUGUGACAGGGAAAGUAUGGGUGAUACCACCCAAGACGCCGGUGAGCAUAACCAACGUACAAGUCCACCACGACGAGAAUAUUUUCCCCCGCAGCAAAAGUUUCAUUGCCGAACGAUGGCUCGGCGAGGCUGGGAAGAAACUAGAGAGGCACCUCACCAGUUUUGGCAGAGGCAGCCGCAGUUGCUUGGGUGUCAAUCUUGCAUACGGUGAGUUAUAUUUGACACUGUCAUAUAUUUGGAGGCUUUGGGGCAGCAAAGAUGCGGCACUCAGCGACGACGUCGGCGUGCUUAGCCUGUUUCAGACAGGUUUGCGUGAUGUCGAGAUAGAGGCGGAUCAUUUUAUUCCCACGCCACAGAAGGGCUCCCAGGGUAUUCGGGUGAAGGUUUAUGGAGUGUGAUAUGUCAGACGGGAGUCAUUACUCCCUGCCCACCGGAUAGCUGAUAGCUCGGUGCGUUGGUGAUCUAUAUGUGUGGGGUAGAUUAAGCGCGUCAAAAAAAAGCGAGGAUACGAUCCAUUACCAACGCGGCGGUCCGAUUCUAGAUCAGUACGUUAUAAUAUACCGCGACCUAUACC